AUGCCGUUAUGGCUGUGCUCGACUCUUACCGCGGGGAAAAAACCGCUGUUCGACGGAUGGAGCUGGGAAGAUCACUGGUGCGGAAUCGUCAUUCAGUACUCUUCACGACAGCUUACGUUCGAAUCCGACGCUAUGCUGGCAAUUCCAGGACUCGCGACUGUCUGCGGCCACCAAAACGGCUCCAGAUAUCUGGCUGGUCUCUGGGAGAGGGACAUUCUCCAUGGCAUGCUUUGGGAUUGCGGCGAUGAACUUGAGGUUAUGAGACCCAGGGCCCAUCUGGCGCCGACUUGGAGCUGGGCAUGUAUGAGGCGAGAGGUGGCAUGGAUUCGCGACCAGCGCAGUCUCACGAGAUAUCACGUAGAGUUGGUCGAUGCCUCUGUGGAGCCGCUGGUGGACGUGCAGCCUCUGGGGGCGGUCAAGCCCGGGGCAUACUUGGACAUACGGGGGCCUUGCUUGGUAGGGCUAUUGGCAUCUCGGUACACUGCUCAAGACACGACCCGUUUCCCGGUCUUCCUGGGAGAGCACGAGUAUCGCUUUAACGUGGAUUGUGUGCCAGAGCUCAAAGAAAUCGCUGGGUCCGAGGUUGUGCGUCUUUGGUGGUGCACGGAAGAGAUCAAUGCGACGAUUGGAUCUGGUCGUGAUCGACUGCUGGUGCUCAGAGCCAUUGAUAAGACCUUGGGAUCGUUCACCCGAGUCGGCAUCAUUGACUCUGCUGGACCUGAAAAGAACUGGCGCGACUUGGUUGCGGAGAGGACUGUUCGGAUUCUUUGA